CGUGUUUCUGAAUUCUUUUCUGGUUUUACAGCAUUAUUUCACCGCUCAAAAUGCAUACCAAGGACGUUUGUUCUUCCUCCUCCCAAACCGGAUUCGGCGACGGCCUUGAGCCUGCCGGCAACAUGCUCGCCAACGCCGACGCAUUUGCUUCGUCUGGAACAGAGUCCGACUCUUGCGUGAUACAGGAGCGUCAAGAUUUAGUGAAUUGUUUGAGUAUGUGUCUCAGUAGCCUCGUGGAGACUUCCAAUGAGGUUGAAACUAUGAAGGAAAAGAUCGGAGAGCUCCGUGGCGUGGUGAAAGAGAUGCAGAAGAAUCUGAACGUCCUACUUCGGGCUUCACUGGAGAACCGAUUUGGCGGUUGUGGUUCCUCCUUCCAGACACUGUUGAACAUUUUCAAUCGCUUGAAUGUUGGCGAUGGAAAAGAAAACUGUGCUGAUUGGAAUAACAAUAAGACGGAGCUGUGCAAUAAAUGGCAGAAAACUGGAACAUGCCAUUACGGAAACAACUGCCAAUACGCUCACGGCAUUGGGGAGCUUCGUCCAGUGAUCCGCCAGCCAUGCAGGAUGGUCCUUGCUGGAAUUGUCUGUUCGUUUGGUGAUAGAUGCCAUUUUCGUCAUGAGCUUACUGAAGAGGAAAAAGCUAGGCCUAUAUCAUCAAUCAAGUUGGAAAGAUAA